GGGCUGGGGUAAGAUCAACCGACUUCCGGCCAGGCCGUUGUCUGGGUGGCGCGGUCGAGUCAUCGUUGGGCCUCGCCGCUUCGAUCUCCUAUCCCUUCCCCCCCACCCCCCGCCCCAGCGCGGGGGGUCGACCAGUCAAGUGGCGCGGGAGGCGUCUCGGAUCUUCCCCUUCAUUUCGCUGUGGCCAGCUCCCUGGCUCCCCGCGCUGGGGGUCUGGGGUCCUUGGGGGCCCGCGAGGCCCGGUCUGAGGGGCCGGGGCCUACGUGGGCCCGCCGCUGGGCCCCAUGAGGCAUAGCCUGACCAAACUGCUGGCGGUCUCAGGCAGCGACUCCCCAACCCGCAGCGAGAGUCCGGCGCCGGCCGCGACCUGCUUGCUGCCCCCGGACCUGACCCGGGCGGCGGCGGCUGCAGCGGCGGCGGCGGAGGAGGAAGAGACGGCGGCGGCCGGAUCUCCCGGCCGCAAGCAGCCGCGCGGCGACGAGGGCGAGUUGGAGGCCGGGAGGGGGGGCCGCGGCGGCGUGGCCGUGCGCGCGCCCUCGCCCGAGGAGAUGGAGGAGGAGGCGAUCGCCAGCGUCCCCGGGGAGGAGACGGAGGACAUGGACUUUCUGUCCGGGCUGGAACUGGCAGAUCUUUUGGACCCCCGGCAACCGGACUGGCACCUGGAGCCCGGACUCAGCUCGCCCGGGCCUCUCUCGUCGUCCGGCGGAGGCUCGGAUAGCGGCGGCCUGUGGAGAGGGGACGACGACGACGAGGCCGCGGCUGCCGAGAUGCAGCGCUUUUCUGACCUGCUGCAGAGGCUCUUAAACGGCAUCGGAGGCUGCAGCAGCGGCAGUGACAGUGGCAGCGGCGAAAAGAGGCGGAGAAAGUCCCCAGGAGGAGGCGCGGGCAGCAGCGGCAACGACAACAACCAGGCGGCGACAAAGAGUCCCCGGAAGGCGGCGGCGGCUGCUGCCCGUCUCAAUCGGCUGAAGAAGAAGGAGUACGUGAUGGGGCUGGAAAGUCGAGUCCGGGGUCUGGCAGCCGAGAACCAGGAGCUGCGGGCCGAGAAUCGGGAGCUGGGCAAGCGCGUGCAGGCACUGCAGGAGGAGAGUCGAUACCUACGGGCCGUCUUAGCCAACGAGACCGGACUGGCUCGCUUGCUGAGCCGGCUGAGCGGCGUGGGACUGCGGCUGACCACCUCGCUCUUCAGAGACUCGCCCGCCGGUGACCAUGACUACGCUCUGCCCGUGGGAAAGCAGCAGCAGGACCUACUGGAAGAGGACGACUCGGCGGGAGGAGUGUGUCUUCAUGUGGACAAGGAUAAGGUGUCGGUGGAGUUCUGCUCGGCGUGCGCCCGGAAGGCGUCGUCUUCUCUUAAAAUUUUCUUUUUUAGGUGAUUUCCUUCCUGCCAGGCUCCGUUGUAGGGGUUACAGAACAGUCGUUCCCGCCUCACAACCUGUGGAUACAGCUGUUGGGGCAGAAGAGACGGGACCAGCUGCUGGCCACAUUUCCUGCUUUAUUUUAAAAGGUAGUAUAAGAAAUGAGGAAAAAGAGGUAAUAUCAGGGCUUCUGCUGUCUUUUAUUUUAAAAUGUUCAUAAUUAAAAAGUAUUUUCCAGCAGUCCAAAGAUGUAAGUUAUCUUACACAUAAAGUGUUCUGUUGUUAUUUGGUUAUAAAAAUGGAAUCCUUGUUCUUGCACAACUGUAAAUGUUUUGUUGCUAGAUAACACAAUUUGAGACCUAACUUGGUCUCUGGUUUCCAGUGCAUUACAGCAUAUUUUGUAAAAUCAUCUACUGCACUUGAGCAUGAAUGGGUAAUAGCCAAACUCACAACCUGGAGUGAUGAACCUGCUUAUACCUAAGUGCAGGAGCAAGCCCCUCACAAUGCAGCUGCAUGGAUUUUUAGUGCCUACUGAAUUAUAUAUAUAUAUAUAUAUAUACACACACACACACACACAAACCAAAAGUAGUUGGAAAAAUUAUUUGAAAUGACUAAUUUGUGCUAUCUCUAUGGAAUAUGUUAAAUGUAGCUUUUUGAAACAGAAGCCUUGAAUUGAAAUUUAAUUAAUACUUGAACAUUUUGUAUAUAUUUCUUUGUAUAUAAUUUUGUGCAGUACCAAUGACAAAAAUAUGGUGUCAUAAUAAAACCAGGUUUGUUGAUCUUUCA